UGUCACACGUUAAUGCGUCUAACCGUCACAGAAGCACUUUGACUCGUUAAAAUGUGCACUUAUACUUUGUGUGUAGUUCAUUACAUACACAGUGGUCGAGCAGUUAUAACUGAACAAGGCUGUUUUAUAUGCCGAUGUGAAGAAUGGUUUUCACUGAUUAAAACAAUAUAUCGGUGUAUGAUAUAAAUGACACAUGUCCUUUCUGAGAACGAUGCUUACAUUAAAUUGACUAAAAUUUGAAUGUGAAUCUGCGCGACUUGACGAAGUGAGGUCUUCCUCUGCAGCCCGACCAGUCCGUGUGCUGUUGCCUUGUGGGGGGAGAGCAGCUGGAGAAGCCCGAGCAUCAUUGCACUUUGACAGGCGUUGCUGACUUGUUUUUUUUAAAAGUAUACAUUAGUUAACUUUAGCUAUUUUCAUACGGGACGUAACACAGGCAAAUUAUUUCACCGAUGUGUGAUGUUGGAAACCUCUGUUAAGCUAGCCGGCUGAGUAGCUAACUCGGCUAGCUAUAGCUUGCUAGCAUAUUAGCUUUAGCAACAUGUUGCAUUAAAGUUUCCUUCCUCGUCGCCUCCACUCAGAAAUAUAUUUCAACAUGGCACACAGGAAAGAAGUGUUUCAGUCAAAAGUACUCCAGAAGCUUUACCCUGCAGCUUCCAAACAGGAAGAGGAACCCAGCCCGCCAGGCAUUGUAGAUGCCCUCUCCAAAAAAACCUGUGUGAAAAGAAAAUCCUCUCAAAACGACACUGCCAAAGGGACGUCACAGAGUGCAGCCAACCCGGGCAGGCGGUUGUACACGGUCCUACCUCCUCCUGCAGACUACAACAAGGAUUCAGAGAAAUCCAUCUCACUCCCCCAGCUAGAAAGCAUAAAUAGUGCAGAAGACUCAGCUGAGGAGAGAGUCCCUGACAGCAAUGAAGAAUUAGACCAAGAGGAAGAGGAACAGACAAGAAAAAGGAGGAGAAGGAAAAGGAAACCGAACCUCCAUAAAGACUCUGGGAAAGAUGGAGAAGUUCCAGUGAAUGAGUCUGGCACAGGUCAGAGUCAGACACCUGUGGAUGAGGGAGGAGAACACAUUAGCAAGAACAAGAAAAGGAAACUGAAGAAGAAACGGCACAAAGAAAAGCUGCUCUCCAUGGGUCUGAUGCCCAGGGCCACAGCCCUGGAGUUCACAUACCGAAAAGAUGAAGAGGACGUGGACGAGGAGGAUGAGGAAGAGGACAACCAGAGGAGAGCUGCUGAGCUGUCAGCAUUCCUCAGGACAACACUGGACAUCUACAUGUCAGAUUCCUCGUUGCACGUAGACAAACUUCCUCUCCAGUCUGGGGCGGUGAAUGACCUUCUGAGCAGCAUAGCAAGCAGAUGCAAGCCCACCUCUGUCCUGAAGCAGCUCUGUAGUCUCAAGGCCCUCGUUCAGCAGCAAGACACAGACAAACUGCAAAAGGCACUGCAGGAGCUCAACAACACUUCUUCUAUGUCUGCAGAGGAAACCGCUGCUGUCGUUUCACUGUUCCAAUACUGGAUCACAGACAUUUUUCCCAUGCAGGGAGACAAGGAGACGAGGCUUUCUACAAUGCACCCACGAGACAGUGAGUCACAGUGAAACAGAGACUCUACUGAAGGAAUAAUGAUCUCUACUGUGCUCCAUCACUUUAUAACUUCUUGAAAUUUCCUACUGCAAAAUAUUUUUUAUUAAUAAAUUUUGUUGGUUUGA